AUGGAGGGACCUCCCGUGACAGCAGCCACGGGGGUCUUGGGGCCCGUCGUCGUGAAGCUGGGUGCUUUGCUGGGCAGCAAGUACAAGCUUCAGCGCCAGACUCUGAAGGACAUAAAGUUCAUCAAAUCCAAGCUCAAGUUUGUGCAUUCUAUCCUUUGGGCGAUAUGGGGGAAGGAGACUCUUGAUGCGCAAUCCAAGGAGUUGAAGAAGGAAGCGCUGGAUCUCGCCGAUGAUAUGCAAGACGCCAUCGACGACUUCAUCCUCACUAUGGAGCCAAGCCACAGAAACAAGCACCUGAAGAUACAGAUCAAGAUCCAAGCAAGCCCCUUCCAAGAUUUCAGGACAAGAGUAGAUGAUGUGUCAGCCCGGUGCCGCAGCAAGUGGAAGAUCAAGCCUGCUGAACGCGUCUGUAGCUUAUAUUCAACAAAAAGGGCAGAAUCCAGCAUCCCCAGCAAACUGCCUCCUCAUCGAGCUCCAUUUGUCUGCAAGAAUGCGUCAGAGAUCAUUGGUAUGGGCAGAUGGAGAGAGGACCUCAUAACAUACCUGGUAGGAGAAGGGAGCACAAUGGCUCAGCCGCAGUUCAAAAUGGCAUCCAUUGUUGGGAUUGGCGGUGUGGGCAAAACAACCCUUGCCAACCUUGUGUAUGAGGAGAUUGGAAAUAAGUUCCAGUCCCGGGCUUUUGUGUCCGUCACUCCAACCGCCAACAAGAAGGAGGUUCUCACAAGUAUUCUCCAACAAGUAGGAGCUAAACUACCUGCUGGCACCAAAGCAAGGACGGAGGAAGAUAUCAUCCACACCAUAUCGAAUUUCCUAGAGGACAAAAGGUACCUAGUAGUAAUUGAUGACAUAUGGCAUCAUGGAGAAUGGGAGAUCAUCAGCAAGUCUAUUCCACAAAAUAAUCUGGGCAGUAGAAUUGUCAUGACAACCCGUAUUGAUUCUGUAUCAGAUGAUAUCGAUUAUAACAAGCUCUGCAUCAGAAUGAAUCCUGGAUGGAGUUUUGAAGAGGAAAGAUGGUUCUACGGACCUCAUGUGCAAGAUUUCACCGCUUGGAUGAAGCCUGACAUGGUUGGAGAAGGUUUUGACCGUGACCAUCCUAUUGUGCGCAUGUGUUGUUGUCUGCCGUUAGCACUACUUUGCAUGUUUUCAGCAAUGGCAAUUGUCAGAGAGCAACAAGAACAACUAGGGGUACAUGUAAAGGCACGUGAUAUGCAAGACAUGAUUGAGAAGCAAGUUAAGAAAAGUGGAAUCCAGAACACUCCAGGGUUCGAACCGUUGGUAGAGAGCUUGCAGCUUGGCUACGAUGAUCUUCCUCACCAUAUGUUGAAGACUUGUUUGUUGUACUGCAGUAUAUACCCUCAGAAUUACCGUUUUGACAUGAAUGAUUUGGUCAUGAGAUGGGUCGCUGAAGGAUUUACUUAUAAAGAGGAUACAGGAAAAUGUUACUUCGAAGAGCUUUGCAACAGGGGAUUUAUGCUGCAUGUGGGUGAUUCAUUGGGCAUGUCCUACUACCAAAUGAAUCAUCCGAUGAUGCGAAAUUUCCUUAGAUGGAAAUUGCAUGAAGAUAAAUUCUUUACUUGCAGUUCCGACAUCACAUUUGCAUAUUCCUGUCAAAUACAUCGUCUAUGUAUAGACGAUUAUCCAAUUGAUGAUGGUGCAGCGGAGGGAGUGGAUCCCUUGUUAGGCUUGGAUUGGUCCCAGAUUCGAUCCCUUGUUGUUUUUGAAGGUGCCAAGAGAUAUAUCCCUUUUGAGAAGUUGAAACAUGUGCGAGUGUUGGAUCUUCAAUAUCAUCAGCAGUAUCUUGAAUUCGAAAAGGUUCGUCGGGAUUACCAUUAUGUGAAUUUUGAAUUCGGAAAGGCUCUUGGGAAUCAUCAUGUGAAAGAUAUAUGUGGACUUCUCCGUCUGAGGCACCUAUUCGGCCUAGAUGGGACGGGAAUUAAUGUGAUACCACCAGAAAUAGGGAGGCUGCACUAUUUGGAAACUUUACAGAUAAGAUUCACAUGGAUCACAGAGUUACCCAGCGAGAUUGGGGACCUCCCGCAAUUGAAGAUUCUAGACGUGAGUCACAACAAAAAGCUGGCAAAGCUGCCUAGGGAGAUAGGGGAUCUGCAGCAUUUAGAGACUCUGGACCUGAGCUAUAGCAGGCCUAGAAGGCUGCCUGCUGAGAUCGGGAACCUCCAUAAUUUGGAAAGUCUGAACCUCCAUUACGCAGAGCUCAAAGAGCUGCCUCACCAGAUUGGGAAGUUGCAACAUUUGAAAACACUAGACAUGUGUGGGGCAAUGUUCACAAGGCUACCCACUGAGAUCGGGGACCUACAACAUUUAGAGACCCUGGACCUGAGUUACAACAGAUGGCUCAAAAAGCUGCCUCGUGAGAUUGGGAACCUCCAGAAUUUGAAGCGGCUGCUCUUGCGUGGUGAAGGGGUCGUGAAGAUACCAAGGGAAAUCGGAAGGCUAAAGAAUCUGGAGAUUUUGAAACUAGACACGGCCAUCGGUGCACUACCCUGGGAAGCUAGUCAGCUUCCGAAAUUGGAAGGAGUGCCCUGGUGCGUCCGCAAAGCCUGGAACAAGAGUGAUCUUGUGUCUGAGUUAGCCGGGGAGAUCCUGUCAGUCCAAAUGGCGCGUUGGGUUGGCGAUCGCGGGGGCCUAAUUGUUGGCACGAAGCACAUGCACAUUCCACGGUGGAUCAAAUAUCACUUCAACGACCUUGCCACCUUGAAUAUCAGGAUCUGCAAACUAGAGGAGGAGCAGGAUCUCAAGAUUCUGCGGGAGAUGCCCAACCUGGACAAACUCACGCUAAGGUUUGAGGUCGUCCCAAGAGAGCCUAUAGCCAUCAGCGGUGAAGGGUUCCGGAGGCUCAAGCAACUCGUUGUUGACAGCCGGUGCAUGCCACAAUUUACCUUCCAGGAAGGAGCAAUGCCCAGGUUGUUUAUGCUUCUUUUCGAGUUCCAGUUCUACGGUGGCCCACCACCAGCUGCAAAUAAAGGAGACCCUCGGCUGGGCAUCGGCCACCUCCGGAACCUCUUAUGGGUCGAAUUUAGAUGCAACGAGGAAUGGUAUGGAGGAGCAGCAGAGAGCAGCCCGUGCAUCAGCGCCAUGAUUGACGUCGUGAGGAAAGAAGCCCAGGAGCAUCCCAAUCAGAUGGUGUUUGAUGUCUCUGGCCACGAAGAGGAGUGGUUUCCAGCGAAAAAGAGCACACAGGUUCCACAAGCUACCAGCAGUGGGGCGGGGGAGAUCGAGAAGGAGCGUGAUUGA